AUGACGCGGCAUUCACAUUUCCAGACCGGUCGCAGACCUCGAGGUUAUCCCGGCUUCCAGCUAGACGAGACUCGUGUCACCGGCCCAAUAUCCUUCCUCAAUCCCACUGCCGCACACUAUAAACCAACCCAGCACACAGAAGAGACUCGGCCUCCUCCACAAAUCGAGCGUCUCUGGCGAUCUCGCGACAACAGAAAAGGCCGACAUGCCAUUCGCAUCGAUACAGAGGCCCUACCCCAUGAAACGGGAGUCAAGGUACCACCACUUACGCGGUCAUUCUCAUCGGUAGCCAAGAUCUUUCUCCAGAUGGUGACCUACGUCCCUUAUUGGGACGUGUCGUAUCUAGUCGCCAUGAGCUUCACUAUCGGGUCCGCCGUCUUCAUCGUCAAUGGGUUCUUCGUGUGGUUACCACUCGCAGCCAAGAACACCGAGUUUCCGGGUGAGAUUGAAGUUGCCGGCGGUUGGACUGGGUUCGUCGGCGCGACCAUAUUCGAAAUCGGAGGUAUAUUACUGAUGUUUGAAGCAUUUAAUACCAACCAGACUGGAUGUUUUGGCUGGGCGCUUCAAACUGUCGUCGAGAAAUCUAUCGAGGAUGGGAUUCCUCACCAUGCAAUUAAAGAGCUCAAGCCGAAGAUCUCAAAGUGUGAGCAUCAUCAGGCGAAUCGGAAAUCGUUUCUCCGGGAGAGACACUUUCAUCAUGCUAGUGACGAUGCUCAUCUUCAUCGGGACGACACAGGUUACGUUACUUCGUCAACAGAUGGCAGGACAUUCCGAUGGAUACCGUCGAUGAAGGAAUUCCGGCAUUAUUUUCAUGAGAUUGGCUUUCUAGCUUCUUUUAUCUUAUUUUUGAGCGCAACAGUCUUCUAUAUUGGUGCAAUUGUUGGCGUUCCUGGUAUCAUUAAUCACCUGAGCAAGGGAGUCACUGAUGGCCUCUACUGGGGUACUAGUACUCUUGGUGGGUUGGGAUUCACUAUAAGCUCAUGGAUGUACAUGCUUGAGACGCAGUCCAAGUGGUACCUUCCUGCUUGGCGUGUUCUGGGCUGGCACGUUGGGUUCUGGAAUUUGAUUGGCAGUGUUGGGUUUACUCUUUGUGGUGCACUGGGACCGGCGAGUGACAACUCUGGCGUGGAUUAUCAAUCUUCACUCGCUACAUUCUGGGGCUCGGUGGCUUUCAUGAUAGGAUCUAUGAUCCAGUGGUAUGAGAGUUUGCAGAAGCAUCCCGUUGAGAAAAAAUGA